GGUUGUGGUCGUGUGUAUUAAAUGAGCGAUAAAAUUCGCCAACAAAUAUACGAAAAACAGAAAAAACUUAAGAACUUUGCCUUUAAUUUAAGAGUUUUAUUUGUAAAAUAAUGAUUUGUGCUGAUCGUGACUUAGUACUGUAACAACUUUAUGGGAGUUUGUAUACAUUGAUUUGUUACUGGACUUAUUAAAUUAGUGCGGUGGAGUCGUGCAGUCCGGCAGAGAGUGGGGCGGCGUGGAGCUGGUGCCGUGGUUCCUUAGGGUGGCGGAAUAGCAAUGGGAGCGCAGCAGGCGAAGGAGCGUGGCACGGCCAUAGGCGCGUCCAUGCGCUCGGGCCGCAGCAGACCGCGGCCACCCAGAGACCCCCGCAUCCUGGGCUCUAAUAUAUUUACAGAACACAGCGAAGCGUUGCGCCAAAGCCGCCCCUUACCGCACAUACCCGACCUGCCGGAUGGGGAAGGCACCAGCGCCGCGCCCCCAACGCCCCAGCUACUCGAGACCGCUAACAGAUGGACGUCAAAGGAGGAUCUUCUUGCGCACCAAGAAGAUGAUGAUCCCCAACUGUUCGUUGCAUUGUACGACUUCCAGGCGGGAGGCGAAAAUCAGCUUAGCCUCAAGAAAGGUGAACAGGUGAGGAUCAUGAGCUACAACAAGAGCGGCGAGUGGUGCGAGGCGCACACACUGUCAGGCGGUCGCGUGGGCUGGGUGCCCAGCAACUAUGUCACCCCGGUCAACUCCCUGGAGAAACAUUCCUGGUAUCACGGACCGAUAUCCCGUAACGCAGCCGAGUAUCUGCUCUCUUCUGGCAUCAAUGGCAGCUUCCUGGUUCGCGAGUCAGAGUCUAGUCCAGGCCAGAGGAGUAUCUCACUGCGUUACGAAGGUCGCGUCUACCAUUACCGCAUCAACGAGGACUCCGAUGGAAAGGUGUAUGUUACAUCAGAAUCGAAGUUCGGUACAUUGGCCGAGCUCGUUCACCACCAUUCCGUGCUGGGUGAUGGUCUUAUCACGCAGCUAUUGUACCCGGCGCCGAAGCGCAACAAGCCGACGGUGUUCCCGCUCGCCCCGCCCGACGAGUGGGAAAUCGACCGCACCGAUAUUGUCAUGAAACACAAACUCGGCGGCGGACAAUAUGGUGAUGUCUACGAGGCCGCAUGGAAACGUGGAAAUAUAACUGUGGCAGUAAAAACUUUGAAGGACGAUACAAUGGCACUUAAAGAUUUCCUCGAAGAGGCGGCCAUAAUGAAGGAGAUGCGACAUCCGAACUUAGUUCAGCUGCUUGGCGUGUGCACGCGUGAGCCGCCCUUCUUCAUCAUCACAGAGUUCAUGAGCCGAGGCAAUCUGCUCGAUUACCUUCGCACCGAGAGCCGUGAACAUAUCGACGCUGUGGUUCUCAUGUACAUGGCAACUCAGAUUGCCUCCGGAAUGAGCUACUUAGAGAGUCGCUCCUUUAUACAUAGAGAUCUAGCUGCUCGCAACUGCCUUGUUGGCGAGAACCACCUAGUGAAAGUGGCAGACUUCGGACUUGCUCGACUAAUGCGUGACGACACUUACACUGCACACGCCGGUGCCAAAUUCCCUAUCAAGUGGACUGCGCCCGAGGGACUUGCUUACAACACCUUUAGCACCAAGUCCGAUGUAUGGGCAUUCGGGAUACUACUAUGGGAAAUAGCCACCUACGGAAUGUCUCCAUACCCACGAGUCGACUUGGCUGAAGUCUAUCACAUGCUUGAAAAGGGCUACCGCAUGGAGUGCCCGCCCGGGUGCCCGGCCGCCGUUUACGAGCUGAUGCGCGGCUGCUGGCAGUGGAACCCAGCAGACAGGCCCACCUUCCGUGAGAUACAUCACGCGCUCGAGCAUAUGUUUCAAGAUAAUUCCAUCACCGAAGAGGUUGAAAAACAACUGCAAGAAGGUGGUGGACACGGCAUCGGCUCGCAGAUGUCCGUGAAGAAGUCAAGCGGCAGCGGGCCGGUGUCCUCCAUAGCUAUGUCAGAGACACGCGCCGUACAGAUGCGGCGCCCCACCAACCGACGUGGCAAACAAGCACCCACACCACCCAAACGCACAAGCCUGUUGUCGUCGUGCAGUUCGUUCCGUGAAUCGCAGUACGCGGCUGAAGAGCACGCCGCACACGACGACCUGGCUUCUCUUAAUGGUGGGGGGCGCGGCGGCGGGCGGGAGGCGUCGUCGGAGGGCUCGCUGGCGGAGGCGACGCCCGACACGGACGAGUCGGCCGGCGCUAGUGCGCCUGGCGCCCCCGGCCUGUCCGCUGACUGCCGGCACCGGCCCAAGCGCCGCCACCACCACGCCCACCCGCAAUACCACGACUUCCAGGACCUAGAACCACUGCGAUAUACCGGAGUUGUAGUAGCGGCGCUCGAGGUACAUAACGUGAAACGCGCCAUCAACCGUUACGGCACUUUGCCGAAAGGCGCGCGCAUCGGAGCUUACCUGGAGUCGCUGCGGCAGAGCGGUGGCGGUGCCGGCGCAGCGGCUUGCGGCAGCGCGCCCCGCGAGCCCGUGCACGACGAAGCGCGCUCGCUCUCACCGCGGACGGCCCGAGCCCAGCCUCACAUGAUACGUUCCAACUCGUCGGGUGGAGUCACCGCCCCCGCACCGGCUUCCCCGCGCGCCUCGCGGGCCGCUCAACCUCUCCGAACCUUUAAUAGUCCCGCCAAGCCUCGUCCGCGACUCGCUGAACUAGAAUUUCCUCCGCCACCUUCUGAUCUUCCUCCUCCGCCGGAGGACUCGGUGCAGCCACCUCCGCCUCCGCCGCCCCCAGAGUGCUGCCGUGACGCCGGCACAAGCACCGCAGACCGGCUGGACGAUGGCGCGCUCGAGCGGAUCGAUAAAGAUGAAAAACCGGCUAAACAAGUCAUGAAAGAACUGCUAGAAUUGAAACUCGUCGCCGAAAUCAAAGAAUGUGCCGACAAAAAGAAACAGAAAGUGGAAGAGACGGAUCCCACCCUGGACGUUAUCGAAAUGCACACCUCUUUUAAAGACCCAGCGUCGCGACUCGUCUCCGAACUCUCCGAGAGCCUCAACAUGGAAGUUCUCCGUAUAGGGGAAAGAAGAGUCGAGCCGAAGUCAGCUCAAAGCGGUAAAGAGACCGUGUCACCUAUUGACUUGAAGGCGAGCCUAAGAAAAACAACCUAUAGCAAUAAUGUUGAAAAGAAACCGGAUGAGACAAAAACUAAUACUAAUUUCAAAUCUCAACUAAAAAAAGUUGGAACGAACAAAUUUAAUAACGCUAGCAAAGACGGCGAGGAGUCAGGAAAAUCGAUUAUAGAUUUCAAGUCUCGCCUGCGAAAAGUAGAUAAUGGAAGUACACCCACCAAUGGAACCAUGAAAAAGGUCGAGCAGAGCUCACCGGAAGAUUCGCGAAAGGACGUAUCCACAAAGAGCGAUGAUUCAGAUAAGAAGCGGUCGGAGAGUGGCUCGGUGGACACGAGCGGCGGCGACGAGGAGGAUAAGAGACGGAGCACCGGCAGCAUUAGCAGCCUCAAGAAGUUGUGGGAAGGCAAGGAGAGCGACGACCGAUCCGGUCACAAGAUGCGUCCCAGAGGAGAAGACAACGAAGAAGCUUCUCCCGAGGAGCGAAGCGCGGCGUUGGGAUGUCGAGGCGGUGGGGGCGCGAUGCGGCGCGAGGAGAAGCCCACGGUGGCUAGCAAGCCAUCGAUGCGCGCGCGCCCGCUGGCCAAGUGCGGCAUAUACGCCACGCCUCUCGCCGCACCAGAUGCUGAUUCCGAUGUGAACUCGCUUGCAUCUCUUCGCGCCUCUCUCGAAUGGUGCACGAAUGAGGUUCGUCGCGGUUGCGGCGGUGGUGGGGGCGGCGGUGGACGCGGGUCGCUGUGGCGGCUGCAGACAUCGGAGCGACUGGCGCAGCUGGGCGCGGCUUGCGCAGCAUGCGCGGCGGCGGGCGGGUGCGCUCCUCAGCUGCGCGUGAAGCUUCGCGCGGCCGCUGCCAGGCUGGAGAAUGAAGCGCGCGCGCUCGCCUCGCCCCACUCGCACGACCACCACCUCGCGGACGGCGUCGAGCAGGCGCUGCGGGACCUCGCAGCCAUCGUGCACAGGUAAACAGUUACAACCAGUUAGACGUCAUCCGAGUUGUUAUGUCAUCCCGAGGACGUAGGAGGGCCGGCGCGGGCGGGCGUCGGCGUCUCGUCAACGUCAAUGUCUACCCUCAACUCCGCGGUAUGCUUCCUUCAUGCUUUUAAUACACCGACCACAUAUCGGAUUAAGGCCAGGAAAUGUUGUUCAUGUGUAGAAAAUCGAGACAUCUUUAUUUUUACGAUUCAUUGGAUAUAAAUAAAAUCUUGUUUUGAUACAUUAUUCUUGCAAUGAACUAUGCAAUCUCGCAUUUUUAUCAAAUUGUCAGAGUGCGUUUGCUAUGAUUUUGAAACUUUUCGCUUUAUAGCUUUUGUCUAGAUCUAUUGUUAAUAUUGUAGUUAUCACUAAACAGAUGGCAAUUAUCGCGCUUGCUCGUCGGUUCAUUAAUUCAAAUGUAAGCGAAAUGCAUUACUCCUUUUGUAUAUGUACAUUGAUGCAAGUGUCUCGAUUUUUUUUUAAAAAAUAUGUAAAUAAAAAAUUCAAUCAAAAUGUAAAUACGCACAUUAGCAUGUAAUAAUCAUGUAAACUAAUAUCGCUUAGUAAAAUAUUUGAAGCUUAACAUUUCUUGGACAUAUUUUUAAUUAUUUUCAAACAUGUUGUAAUUUAUAUAACAACAAAAAAAUAUGCUUGUAAAUUGCAAAACUACAGUUAUUAUGUGAAGCCAAAUUCGAUGCGCAUCUUGUAAAUAAACAAGCCUUGACCGCGUAUUUCCUCGCCCCCUACAUGCGUGGAACUUGUAGCCUGACCAAUAAUAUAAAAAACUUAUGGAACAAAUUAUUAAAAUUCUAUCAAAAUUAUACUUAUUUGAUGCGCUUAUGUAAAUAAGCCGUAAAAUAUACAUUUUAUUUGACAUUUCAUCGGAUUUAUUUAACUUUUUAUGGGAUAAAAAGUCAUUGACACUUUUCGCUUGAUUAUAUUAAGAAAAACGUUGUUGUUAAUUUUUAAUUAUUUGACGAAUACCCUCAAAUAUUUAUUUGGUUAACGCGUCGAAUUUGGUUGAAAUUUAAAAAUUUCCAUUAUUUAUAAUAACUAACCGUAUCUUGUAUCUUAUAUCAUUCCAUGACCACAACAUUCUUGACUGGCAUUUAGUAUUUUUAAAUAUAACAAUAACUGUUAGAUUUAAUUAAAAUCCUACACAAAUAUUUAUAAACCAAAGAUGCGGAUAUGUAUCGAUGUAUGUCGAUAUAUGUUCGCUAAUACCAACCCGUUGCCGCCAUGUUUACCAGCGAAUACUCUCAAAUUAGGCUUUUAAUUGUAAGUUUUAUUGAAAUAAUGUUUGUAUGAGUGUGUGCGUAUGUGCGCGCAAUGUGCGUGCGUGCGUGCGUAUGUGCGUGCUUGCGUGCGUGCGUGUCUGUGUAUUCUGCGUGCAGUACAAAACCCAGUAACGCGAAGUUAAUCGAUAGUCACAAAGAUAACAGUGGAUCAAUUCGCGGCUCAAGUACAACGCUAUAACCGAAUUUAUUCAUUGUAAUAAUUAUAUUUUAUGUAGUGUUGUACAUCGCAACACUCAAACAUAAUGAUAAAACAUUCUGUACCAAAGAUAAAACAUCUAACAUUUAAAAGAUAUAUCAAUUCCGACGUGUAAGGAUGCAAAAAUACUAUCUUACUAAUAUUAGAAUUGAGAAUGUUUAAAUGGAUGGAUGUAUGAAACAAACUAUCUCCAGUAGGGUACGUAUAUAACGGAUCUUAUGGAAAUUUGACAGAUGUAGAACAUAUUCUGAACAGAACACAUAACACAUUGUUUUUUUAAUUCCGUGCAUACAUAGUGGCGCAUGACAGCUAGUUUAUCCAUAAUUUGUUUAACGGAGAAUAUUUUGUUAUUGUAUAUGAAGUGUAGAAACUAUUCAACAAAAGUCGGUGGAUAAGCAUAUUUUUGAUUCUUUACACUCAAUUGAUAAAUUCUAAAUAUACGUGAAGGAUGUAAUAUCAUUAUGUUGGGUGAUUUGUUCAAUAGUUAUUACAUAAUAUUCUAGGUUAAACAAUUCUAUUCAUUGUAAUCGUGUAGUCAAAAAGUUUCUCGUUAUAUUCAUUGUAUAUAACUAUUAUAUUUAAAGACUGAGAAUUGAUUGAUAUGAUGAAUGUUCGAGUUAUAUACUUCGCAUUACAUAAAUGAUUGGAUAGCUUUUAAAAACUUCUUAUUCGAUAUUGACAAGCACUUUUAGAUUCGUAGUUUAAUUUAAUAUUAUAAUAUAAUUUGGAUGCGUAUAAUGUUCAGUGCCAAAUAACUUGGGUGGAAUUAUUCAUUUGUGAAGCGGGAAGCCUUCUUAAUAUUUAUAUAUUUGCAUAAAUGUUUGUCAUUUAUGUACGUAGAACGUAUUUUUGACAAGUAUAUGCUAUAUGAUGUUUAAUACAUUUUCUUUAUUACUAAGAUAAAAUCGUAUACUCAGCUUGUAUUAUGAAUAUAAUGUUAUUAUAUUCGGGAUUUUCGGUGGUUUUGUGACGUUGAUAUGAAAUCUUUUAGUAUAUAAAGUUUUGACUCACGUAAGAGAGCUACCGCUUGAGAAUCGCUUUGGGGCCUAUUGUCGGAAAACUGAUUACCCCCCACCCCCCACCCACACCCCGCGCUGUGCAGUACGCAUGUCUCCAGCUGGUUUCACACGAGGACAGCGCAGCGCAAUACGAACAGUAUUGUCUCGUGCGCUUUCAAACAUUAGAAUUAGUGUUGUUGCCUCAGUGUGCUACCCUCGUGUGAAACUAUUACAGUUACAGGUACCGCACUCCAAUGAGUAAACGCAUCAUAGUUGGCUUGUAAUUUAUUUAAGAUUGAACUUGUCAACGCGACGUUAUUGUUUAAGUUAGCAUACUGUGAUACGGCUUUAUAAUCUGUAUAAUUAUGCUCAAUAUUUCAUUCAGUGAUUGUUAUUACAAUUAUUGGAAAAUGUUAAGGUAUUUUAAUAAAUUACUAUAUUAUAAUAUUCGUGUAGUAACGGUUUC